UGGAGUACCGCUGCCGUUUUAAACGCGGGCGCGAUGCGGGCGGCUGGGCGGCGGCGGGCGGCGUCGCCCCUUGGCCGUUCCCUGCCGUCUGCCGCUUCCGGGCCCAGCUCGUCCUCCUCGGGCAGUGGCCUCGGCCUCGGGUCGCGUGGACAGGGUCUGGCGGCAGGACGCUCGCCGUCGCCGCCCCCGAGCUGCAGCGACUCCACCCUGUCGCUGCUGUCCCCGCUGGGCCACCCGGGCUUCCCGUUCCACGACGGGGAUAGCGACGAGGGCGACAGCGACGACGGCCACAGCGAUGACGAAGAGGCCCCCGGCCGCGAGCCCCAGGGCCCCGGCCCAGGAGCAGCGGAGGCGCCGGCCUGCGACAGAUUCGUAAAAUUCACAGUGAUGGAAAUGCCGAGCUUUCUCCUCUGCAGCAGUGCCUUGGAGCCCAGGGCUGAGCAGGGAGAGCGGGUGGAGGAGCGCAUGGCUGGUGGAAGCCUGACCCCGUGGGAGCUGUGGUUCGUGGGCAAAGAGAAGGAGGAGCGAGAGCGCCUACAGCAUCGAGCACUGGAGGAAUUAAGUGAACAGAUAGAGAAAAGAAGAGCAAUGCAAGAGCGGGAGAGAAGGAAGGCAAUCGCUGAGGAAAAGCACAAGGAGUGGGUGCAGAGGAAGGACAAGCAGAAACGAAAAGAAAGAGAACAAAAAUUCAAUAAGGAAGUGGAGGAAAAGGCAGCGAAGGAACUGGAGAAAGAACAUUUACAAGAAAAGGCAAAGGAAAAAUAUCAGGAAUGGUUAAAGAAGAAAAACGCUGAAGGGUGUGAGAAGAAGAAGAAAGAAAAGGAAAAGGAAAAGCAGCGGCAAGCUGAAUUACAGGAGAAGAAGGAAAAUGCCGAAAGGAAGUUCAAGGAAUGGUUGGAAACGGCGAAAAACAAGCCUCGCCCUGCGGCAAAGAGCUAUGGCUACGCCAGCGGGCGGCUCACAGGUUUUUACAGUGGAAAUUCCUACCCAGAGCCAUCCUUUUACAACCCUAUCCCCUGGAAACCCAUCCACGCACCCGCUCCACCGGAAGCCAGGGUUCUCUCAGGGCGCAGGAGCAAGAGGCCUCCGGGACCCCGGCUGCCCCCAACGUCGGCUUUGUCAGCAUCCUUGUCCUUGUCCUCCUCGCUGGAGGCUCGCAGGCCCAGAAGCAGCUUGUGCCUGGGGCCAGCUUGUGAAGCGCAGAGGUAGCCGUUGGUUGGCACCCGUAUCCCCCAGACCCCUGGAUUUUUCAGUCAAGAAACUUCUGUCGCAGCUUCGGUGCUCUGUGUGGCUGCUGGCGGCUGCCCAGGAAGGAUCUGCCCAGGGAGUCCUGCGCUGGCCUUCACGGACCUGCAGCCUGGGCCCGCACACUGCUCUGCGGGAUUCAGGACUAGACACCUCGCAGUUGUGCUUGUGUUUAGCUUGUUAACUCUCACCGUCAUAGCAAUAAAACAAGUUUUUCUGUGUUC